ACCAAGGCCUUGGCCGAGUGCACAGAAGACAGCUCCCCGGCUCGCUGGACCAACCCAGGAUACCCAGGUAAGGCGUGUCCUCACGGCGUCGUUAGCAGUCAGCUCAAAGUGAAGCACUCCCGCGGACGACGCCUGUCCCGAGAGUCAAGUUGGUGGAAUGAAUUGUUCCGGAGGCGAGGUCUGCGCCCACGCCGGCCCGGACUCCACGCGGGUGGGUCCGACACGCGUCACCCCUCCGCAGCGUCCGGGACCUCUCGGGAGCGCGCGCGAUCCCUACCGCGGAAAGUUGGACGCUCGCGCGCUCCGGGACGCCCCCUCCCAACGCAGCGCCACGUGCCGCGCGCCCCCUGCUCCCAGGCCGCGGCGGGACCCCCCGCCCCCACCGCGGCGCGUAGUGCGCACGCGCCUCCCCGCGGGUCCGGGCGGCGGGAGCGGCAGGCGGCGGCGGCGGGAGCUGCUUCGGCCUGUGCUGGAGACUGAAGCGAAGGCUGUGGCGGCGAAAGAGGAGGAGCGGCGAGGGCGAAGGCGAUGGCGACACGGGGCACAUGAGGCGGCGGCCGGCGGGACGGGCUGAGGCCCGGCGGAGGAGGCGGCUCCGGGGCAACACGCCGCCGGGGCAAACCACCUCAGUCACCAUGAGUUGGAGCUUCCUGACUCGCCUACUAGAGGAGAUCCACAACCAUUCAACGUUUGUGGGGAAGAUCUGGCUCACUGUACUGAUUGUCUUCCGGAUUGUCCUUACAGCUGUAGGAGGAGAAUCCAUCUAUUACGACGAGCAAAGCAAAUUUGUGUGCAACACAGAGCAGCCAGGCUGCGAGAACGUGUGCUAUGAUGCCUUUGCACCCCUCUCCCAUGUGCGCUUCUGGGUGUUCCAGAUCAUCUUGGUGGCGACCCCCUCAGUGAUGUACCUGGGCUAUGCCAUUCAUAAGAUUGCCAAAAGGGAGCAUGGUGAAACUGACAAGAAGGCGGCUCAGAGCAAGCCUUAUGCAGUACGCUGGAAACAGCACCGGGCUCUGGAAGAAACAGAAGAGGAUCAUGAAGAGGAUCCCAUGAUGUAUCCAGAGAUGGAAUUAGAAAGUGAAAAAGAAAAUAAAGAGCAGAACCAACCUAAACCCAAGCAUGAUGGCCGACAGCGGAUUCGGGAGGAUGGACUCAUGAAAAUCUAUGUGCUGCAGUUGCUGGCAAGGACCGUGUUUGAGGUGGGCUUUCUAAUAGGGCAGUAUUUUCUGUAUGGUUUCCAAGUCCACCCAUUUUACGUGUGCAGCAGACUUCCUUGCCCUCAUAAGAUAGACUGCUUUAUUUCUAGACCCACUGAAAAGACCAUCUUCCUUCUGAUAAUGUAUGGUGUUACAGGCAUCUGCCUAGUGCUUAACAUUUGGGAGAUGCUUCAUUUAGGCUUUGGGACAAUUCGAGACUCACUAAAUAGUAAAAGGAGGGAACUGGAAGAUCCGGGUGCUUAUAAUUAUCCUUUCACUUGGAAUACACCAUCUGCUCCCCCUGGCUAUAACAUUGCUGUCAAACCAGAUCAAAUCCAGUAUACUGAACUGUCCAAUGCUAAGAUUGCCUACAAGCAAAACAAGGCCAACAUCGCUCAGGAACAGCAGUAUGGCAGCCGUGAGGAGAACCUCCCAGCUGACCUGGAGACUCUGCAGCGGGAGAUCAGGAUGGCUCAGGAACACUUGGAUCUAGUAAUCCAGACCUACAGCCACCAAAACAACCCACCUGGUCCCCGGGGGAAAAAAGCCAAAGUGGGGUCCAAAGCUGGGUCCAACAAAAGCAGUGCUAGUAGCAAAUCGGGGGAUGGGAAGACCUCUGUCUGGAUUUAAUCUUGACUGGGCUUAAAACUUGUGCUCUUCAGUCUGUGGUAAGCAGCGGCUCACUGAAUAAUGACUUCCAUUGAGCAAACAUUUGGCUCUGGUUAUCUUCAGGGAUGCUGUUGGCUCAGGAUCCAAGCUCAGGGGACUCUGAAGGCGGGGCUGAGACAGUGGGGGAGAGAGGGAAACACAGUGUUCCUGGGCACAUGCUCCAGCAGUAAUACAGUUGCAGAACUUUACAUUUGUGUCUUCCAGAUGUGGAAAGAACAUAUAUUUAAAUCAUUCUUGUUGAACAGUUUUUGUAUGUACAGUAUUAUGGUACAUUUUUUUUAGUAUGAAAACUUCUUUUGUAUUUGUACAUUGGACUGCGUAGUUAUACUUUUAUAUUAAAGGGGGAAAAAUUCCUUAAGGUAAUACCUAUUAGGCUAGUGUGAUUACUUUGUUCAGCAAUUCUACCAUGGGUAUAAAGUUUUAAUAGAUGCUACACCUAAUAAAAGUGCCUCUGGUAUUGCAGGGAAGAUUUCAGAUGUGUAAGGAACUGGAGGAGGAAUCAGUUUUCAGUCUUGGAAAGAAAAUCUAUAGUAGAAGGAGGUUGAGAUCUUUACUUGAAAAAUCUUCGACUCUCAUUCAUGUGGCCAGAGUAUCCAGUCUUUGAAAACCUAUUUGUAUUUUCAAUGGAGAUAAAUGACUCACUGCAGGAUUCCUGUAAGUAACCAGCAUUGCCAGUAUGUUUUGAUACGCUGUCAUACAAUUUAAGUUCUUUCAAGCGGCUGAUACCCAUCCAGUAGCAGUGUGGAGACACUGACUAGAGUUGUCACUAAGAUUCCUCAAUCACAAAGCAAAGCCACGCCUGGAAAAUGAGCCCUAAUUGGACCUGUUUGAUUUGCCUUAACUCUAUCCAGAAACCUGCCUCUGGUUUCUUAAGAAGCCAGUGAUGGAUAUUUUCUUCAUAUGUUAAUAUCAGAAAUAACAAAAAUUCCCUUGUAGGCUAAGAAUACUCAAAGCUACUUGCACUGCUUAUGGCAGAAGGCCUAAGUCCAAAUUCCUUACUUUUUUUAUAAUUUACCAUGGAACUUUUAUAAUUUACAUACCUCUGCCAACGUAAAUUUCUGCCUGGAAGACCAGUCAGACCUGGGAUUCUAUCUGUAAAUAAACUUAAUGAGAAUUUCAGUAUUUAUUCCCUAUAGACAUAUCUGUUUGUCAGUGACAAGCAUUAAUGUUCACAUAACACUCACAAUUUGCAGUAUUUUAUUACCAUUUUCAACCUUAUAUAUGUUGGAGAACUUUGCUUUCUCACCAUGUUCACAUUAUCUUAUAGUUGAUGAGCUGAGUAAAAGCUCGGUAAUGAUUUAAAGGAAGCAGCCUUUGCUUCUCCAGGGAUAUUUCCUUUUGGGUGUCUCACUCUUUUCUAAUAGAAAUCUAUUACAGAACACCUCUGACUUUGAAAUUCCAAAAGUAUUAUUUUUUAUGUCUCAUUUUAAAAAUACCAGUUCUCUGUUACUUAGGAGAAUCGUAAAGCAGCACCCUUUGUGCAAUUUUUUUGUUGUUGUUCUCCACUGCAUUUCUUCCUACUCCCCCCAAAAAUGAAACUUGGUAGAAAAGUUACGCUUAUCUUCUAGCCAUGCAUUUACCCUUAUUUUGCUUCCCCCCCCUCAAAUCUAUAAAUUUAGCCUAGAGAAGCUCCUCGGGAUCUCUAAACAUCUUAAGCAAUAAGUAAACUUGGGUAAGGCUGAUGGGGAAAUUUCAGAAAAUUAUAUCCUGAAAAACUUAAGAGACAUGCACAGUUUCCUUCAAAUUUCAUUUGAAGGAAUUAACAAGGAAAUUCAAAUAUUCUAAGAGAACAGGCAAACCUUUUUUAAACACCCAAGCUUAGCUAAGAUAAAGAACCACCAGUCAAUUCUUAUGUCACUAGAGCUUCAAGGAGAUUUUUUAAUUGAAGGACAGAAAAUACAUAUAUACUCACAUCCAUCUAUUCAGUGCCCAAAGGAGAACAGUGGCUUCGCCAGCAGAAAGGUUGUGGAUUUGCAAAUGAUGGAGAGGGAAGGAGUCAGGCAGAAAUGCCAGGCAAAGACAUUCGGCGCCAGAAGCAUCCAUUUAGCUUCUGCAAACACUGCCCCUGGUGUUUCAGCUUGGCUUGUCCCAAGGAGAAUGUGAUCUUUUGUGUCUAGAUAAUUCUUCAACUUCUUACAGUAUAUAAAAAAAGAUAAUUCUAAGUCACUUCACAUGUGCGCAUACUUUUAAAAAUCGAUUUUCAUUCUCUCACUAAAGUUUUAAUUACAUGAUUUCCCAAUUCUCACCACUUUCUUAAUAUAUUUAUUUCUGCCUUUGAACAAAGGAGUUUGCAAAGCCAUUUUUCCCUUAUGGUAUGUUAUGGACCUACAUUAAGAAAGUGGCUCUGUCACUGUCUAGCUUAACCCAUUGAUUGGGCCUACAUUGAAUCUAAAAAUACUGUUCUGAGUAUUGUUCUAGAACUUGCAGAUAUUUAUAUAAAAAGCCUGAUAGCAGUUUUUUUCCUAUCAAAAUCAUAUUCUUUUGAAUUGCCAUGUAAGAUAUGCUCUGUCAUGACAUUUACUUCUCUAAAGAGAAGUUGAAUGCUUACUCCUUCACAUACUAGAAUCAGGAUGCAGUCAACAGCAUGUUUAUUUCUUGACAUAUUAUUGGAUUUAUUCAGAUGUGGUGUGUCCUUUGCUCAUCUUUGUUAAAAUUAUUCAGAAGAGAUUUGUAAAACAAACAGGCUUUCUUCUUAGUUCAUAUUGGAGGGGAGAAUUAGAUGCCAUUUUCCCUUAAGAAAUGUUAGUGUUCAUUUUGUGGCUUCAUCUUUGCUGUAUGACUUAAUUAAUUUUGUCUGUUUCUGUAUUUGUUCAUUUAAAAUCACAAGCGUGUUACUUCAUUUGAAGUCAGUUUUUCUGGGAAUAUUCCUUGACUAAUGUCUAUAGCAUUAUUUUUCAUAAAAAUGAACUUUGCCAUCUAAAAUGGCUCUUACAGGUUAGGACUCCCACAUAUCUAUCUUUUAGAAGGACACCUCUAUCUUUGAAGAAAAAAAUUGUCAUUGGGUACCUAACUCUGUCAUUUCUUUGUGGUAUGAAAUGAGACAGUUCACGUUACUUUUCCAAGUUUCAGAAACUGCUUACCUCUCAGUAGUGUUAAGGAGUAGAGAGAGCCUCUAAUGAAAAGUAGUAUAAGACCAACUAUGAUUAUUGGUCAUUUGUCUGAACUUGGAGCAUCAAAAAAAAAAAAGUUGAGAGAACUGUGUGAUGGUAGUAAAAUGACCUUCAGUGUUCUUUAUCACAGGAGGACUCAGUGAUGGUUUAAAACAUUUAAAUGGUUUAAGCAGUUUAUGCCAAGAAUGGGCUUAAAUAUUACUCCUAUUAGUCAUACCUAUGCUUUACCAUUAAGCUAAUAAAUGACUGUGCUUUAUGCUUUUUGUCUCAUUCAAGAGACAUUAACACUUCUAAAAAUAACAUCUAUAGUUUAUGAUAAAUUUUUGCUAGCCAGCUUUCAGUAAAAGGCAAGAAUGCCUUUUUAUUAAGGGAAGGUCUUUCCCAACUGUGAAGAAAAAUGUCUGAACUUGCUGGUAAUUUCAAUUGGAAGGUUCCAGGUAUUAGAUAAAUUUUGUCUUUAUAAAAUCAUGUAAUCUCAUGAAGAGUCUUACCACCUGAAGAUGAUAAAUCCCCUGCACCUAUAUAGUGCGGAGUUUGGAAAUAAAAUUUCAGUUCACCUAUAUAUCAUAAAUCCAUAGUCACCAUCAGACUUUUGAAUCAUUAGGUUGAAUUGCAUACUUGUCACUCUUUCUGGCCACACAUCAUGGAGAGUUUAAAAGAUUUUAUUUGUUGUCCCUAAUGCAGUUGUGUUUUUUUGUUGCUAUUAAUAAUGAUGUUAAGUGAGUUUGGUUCAUGCACAUUCCAUAUUAAUAAUCAUACUUUUUAAGGAAUUUAUCCCUAGUAUUCUAAAAUCCAGGAGUCCAAACCAAAGGAAGUCCUAUUCCUGUGCAAAAUCUCUACAGAAAUAAAAGAAGUAAGAGUUCGGCAUUUUGGGGUUGGCUUGUUGAAUCAGCAAAGACAUUUGGUUAUGUGCUUUUCCAAGAUUGGAAAUGUUUUUCUCUAUUAUACUUUGAAUUGUUUUUCCUUAAUAAAUCUUUUACGCAAGUCUUUACCUCAGGCACUAAGUGUUAGAUAGGGUUAGCAUAUUGGUACUGAAAAACUUGGCUAGGAGUUACAACUUUUUAAGGUAAUUUAAAUGUAAAAUUCAACUGUUAACCAACAAUCUAAUGUCAUAUGGUAUGCAGUUUGGGUAUUGUGUGAACAGCUAAGGAAUUACCCAUUCUAGUGCCAAAGAUCACUGGUUGCUAAUUUCUGUACAUUGAUGUGAAACUUUGUGGUGGGGACAGACUUUGUGCUGAGGGCCUUGUCUCUAGGAAGAUUUUGUCAGUUCCAAAUACAGUUUAGAAGAUUCAUCUGUGGUCUGUGUAUCUUUUCACAAACUUGAAAACUCAGCUGCCAAAAAAUGUAAUAUUGAGGAUUGUACCCCAUUCUUCAUUUAAAAUAGUACCCAAGAGCUUAAUGGUUUACACAGAAAACCUGAUAUGAAAAUCUCUUCUAGUACAUUCACCUGUAAGUUGAUCUCAGUGGGAAUGCAUGAGCAGGAAAAUUUCCAAGUAGAGGUUUGAGUUAAAAAAAUAGGCCUUUUUUCAUAGCUGGGUUAAAACUCCUUUGGGAUUGCUGUGGCUAAGUGUAUUGGUGUAUUUCUGGCAUCAGUCUGGGAAGGGUGGGUGACCUUGUAGGGGAGGGAAAGGCUGAGGUCUAAGCAUAGAAACUGGUAACACACCCUGUCUCUGGCUUCCUUUGGUUCUCAAGGCCUUGUUUCCAAGAGGAGUACCUCCAGGAGGGUUGCUCCCCACAGACCAAUCUUGGUAUGGCUAAUCUACGUUCUAAGAAGAGAAGGGUGUAGAAUAGGGCCGAGGAAACGAUAGCAUUAAUUACAACAAUACCCUGUUCCCCCAGACAAGAGAAUAAAUGGUGGCUAGGUCAUGCAUAGAGCCCCCGCUCAGCAGCCCAGAUUGUAAACUGGUCAGCCCAACCAUAUUUGGUAAUAAAUUUGUGAGCUGUUUGGAAGCUGUUGGAACCGUCAAGUCACUGUUAGUUCUGAAAGUGGAUUCUUCGGCAGAUUUGCUGUCAGAACAGAUUAAUACCUGGAGAAGGUGUCAGCAUCAGUUAAAAUCUGUUUUCUUUAUGGAGAGUUGAAAACUACUUCUAAAUUUUAAGGGCAUACAUUAAUCUUCCUAUACAGGGUUUGCCUCCUUUAGUUAUCUCAAAUUGGAAGCAUGUUACAGAAGGGCGUGAAGAAUACGGAGGUUGAGACAGAGCUGAGAACAAUCCACGUGUGCAGUGUGGCUCAAUCCAGCAUCCUAUGCCCUUUUCCUAGAGAAUGUGCAGAAACAGCUGUUUAGUAGAGCUUUCUCAUAAGGGUGGAAUUGAAGGGCACUGAUCUAUGCUGGGUGGACCUUGCUGUAUCUAUCUAUAGUUUUUUCCAAAUGGGACCGUUGGAUCGUCUGUGUAAGAAGUAACAGGGAAUGACCUGUCAAAAUUUAGCUUGGACACAUAACAGGCCUACGUAAUCAGAACUAGUAAGUUCUCUACGUGUUUUUUUUUUUAAGAAUUUUAAUAAGGUACAGGUUACAUGCUGUAAAAUUCACCCCUUUUGGUGUAUAGUCACAAACGAAUACAAUUGAGUAACCACCACCAGAAGAUACAGAAUAGUUGCAUCACCCAGAAAUUCUUUCUAGGUAGUUCUUAUCUACAUUAAGGUUUGAGAACCACUUAUCUUAGAGAAAAGAAAUACUUGAAGUGUGGGCCAGAAUAAAAGGGAAAGAGGGAUUGUUUUGAAUGAUAGCUCUGUUUCAAGGAGGUUGUAGACCUGGCAUAGCACAAGUGUCAUUUCAUCCACCAGCUCAGAUUGGUGGAUGGCAGGCUGGAAUGGAGAACUGUAGAGGAGUCAGAGACUUGAUCAGCUGAAUAAUCCAGAAGUGACUUGAGGGAUGGGGCAGGGGUGUUGGGAAGAGUGCCAUCUCUGACAUCAUCCAGUAGGGAUUCAGGACUUCUGAUUUAUGACUAGGCCCAUGUGAAAGGAACCGUCCACUUUGUAUGUAAAUGAGUUGGUGUCAUUACUUAGAAAUUUCUCUACCCUGCAUUUAAUGACAUCUUUGAGGAAAUUACAAAUAGGAAGUGACUCAGGAUUGGAAAACCAAGGGAAAAGGUGACAACAGAGUGACAAGCACACGCUGUCAGUUUCUCUCCUGCCCUCUUGAUCGUGGGGGAACAGCACAGCAUUUCCUUGACAUGCUGUGCCUACUAUAAACUAGAUUGAGGGAUUGUGAAAGAAAACCUAAAGGAAGCCCACUCCUAAUGCCUCGAGGAAAAGCUGACCGGAUUCCCUCUUUUCCCUCGGUCGAACCUCCAGCGAGUAUCCCUGUCUGCCCUGCUCCCCGGGGCCAGCACUGGGCAUGGCUGGCUGGCAGCCUUAAACUCCAGGCAAGGCAGGACCAAGCAACUGUUCAUAACCGAUUUCGGUGCAUAGCCAGUGACCUGAAUGGGACCUGACCAUGGGGAGAAUGAUACAGAACUAGAUCGUUUUUUCAGUUUUAUUUUUAGUUUGUGUAGUCCUGUGAAAGUGAAGUCUUAUCUUUGCACUGGCAACAUUGAAAAAUGCUGACAGGAAGCCCCUUUGGCCUGGCCCAUUUUUCUGAGAGCACAUUGCAGCUGUGGCUUCUGCCCAGCAGGCAGAGACUGCUGUUAGAUCCUGUACCCUGGUGCUGUUGAGAGCAGUGACAGGCCUCAGCCUCUGACUGCAGAGUGGCCUGCAUGAGGAUUUGGGGUCCUUAAGACAAAGAUAAAAGCCCUGGAAAAAGGGUACAUGCAACUUGUCAAUUGAUUGUUUACUUUGCUUUCAGAUGCGGAAAUGAUUGUGAACAAGGGUCUGUAGUGUUUGAACCAGUCAUGAUGACAGACCAGCUUGUGGUUAUGCUAUUUUAUUCCAGUGGUCUGCUUUUGGGGGCUUAUUGACCUAGAAGCAACAUUGUGUGGGGUGUGGGGUGCUUUUCCUUCCAUUUCUUCUUGCCUUUAGGCAGAGAGUGGCCACUCCAGCCAGCUCUUCUGAGUAGUGGCUGUGAUUUGGGAAACAGCUGAAAGAAGGAAAGGGAGAGCAUUCAGCAUAAACACAAGCUAAGGAGCUGUUGGGGGGGUCAGGGAGCUGCUGCUGAGGUCGGAGGAAAGUGCAGCGCCAUAGCACAACUAGGUACUGCCAAGGUGGUUGUGACUAAGUCAACAUAGGUUGGCCUGGAGUAGAGUCCUGGGCGGAAGCCAUAGACCUUGUUUUAGGAUUGCUAGAUAAAAUGAAGGAUGCCAGGUUAAAUUUGAAUAUCAGAUUAACAGUGAAUACUUUCUGAUAUAUUAUGUAAGAUGUACUGAUAAUAUAUUUUAAAAUUUUUGUUGUUUAACCGAAAUUCAAAUUUGACUGAGUGUCCUAUAUAUUUUUUUUUGGCUAAAACUGGUAACUCUACUUCGAUUUAACUCAGACAUGUGUGCUGAAGCCUAGUAACAGAGAGAAUGGAGAAGGCUUUAGUCAACUAUUAGGUAAUCUGUAAGCACAAAUUGUACACUGAGUUUGAGCCACUUCGUGCAGAAAGGUAGUAAGAAAUGCUACCGAUGAAGAAUGCUUUUCAGCCUUCCCUGUUUGUAGCCAUUUUCCUUUGAUGCAAACCAUUUUUUGGUUCUAUAGUUUUACCAGUAGCAAUUUAGUAACCAUGUAAACCUAAACUCAGGCCAGCAUCUAAUAUGCUUUUUAAAAAAUUUCUUAAUCUAUCAAUUCCACUUCUGGAUGCAUAUCCAAAAGAAAGAAGCAGAAUCUUGAGAGAUGUUCACACCCGUGUUCACAGCAGCAUCAUUGACAAUAGCCAAGAAGUGGAGGCAGCUCAGAUGUCCAUCAACAGGUAAGCGGACAAAGAAAACACGGUGUACACAUGUAAUAGACUAGUAUUCGGCCUUAAGGAAGGUCCUGUCACAGGGAUGAACCCUGAGGACAUUAUGAAAUAAGCCAGUCACAAAAGGACAAAUACUGUAUGAUUCUACUCACAUGAGACAUUCAGUGCAGUCAAAAUCAUGGAAACAAAGUAGAAUGUUGAUAGCAAGGGGUUGGGGAGAUACAGAGUUUCCAUGUCUAUCGGUAGAGUUUUGGUUUUGCAAGAUGAAAAUACUCCAGUAUGUCACACAACAAUGUGAAUAUAAUGAACACUAGUGAACUCUACAUUUAAAUGUUGAGAGUUUGAUGUGUUAUUCACCACAAUUUUAAAAAGAAUAAAUAAAAAUAAUAAAAGAAUUUUGAUCAAUACUAAAAGAUAGUAAAAAGUAAAUAUUCAUAUUCCUUCCUAGUCCCAUUCUUCAUAGGUAAUAACUAACAUUUCUUUCCAGAAAUGGUUAUGUACAUGCAGGCCAUGUACAUAUGUCUGUUCUUUGCUUAGCAAACCAUUUUUUCAACUGGAUUACAAGCUUCAUCUUUAGUAAUAGCAGGUUACAGGACCCCGAAUCCAAAGUUGGUGGCACCAAAAUUAGCUAACUUAAAUUUCAUUAAUUGUCUUAGAGGGAACACUUAGAAAUUGAGCAGAAAUAUCUGCUAGUGUACAUGAAUUAACUUUCCAUGAAGAUUAUAAUGUACACACUGUAACAAACUUUGAAAUGUUAAGAACUCUAUAAGCUUUUUUUAACUUCUUAAAAUUAACUUUAUGGGGCAUAAGUUACAGGCAAUAAAUGAAAUGUGCCUGUCAGUAUGUUAAGUGACUUGUUCCUUUCUUUAAAAUACAAAUACCGUGGCCUACUGGUUUCUUGUUUUUCUGGUUAUUAUAUUUUAAUGACAUUUUAUUCUGGUUUGAAAGGCAUUAUUAUAUGCUCCCUAUUAAAAAAUCUUGGAAAAUUCAGAAAAGAGUACAGAGAAAACAAAAGACAUGAAUAAAUACCCAGUCCCUAAAAUACUGUUAUUAGCUUUGUCUCUUUAUUUUUAUUUACUUAUUUUUUGAAGACGUUUUAUUCAGUUGCUGCUGUUGAUGGAAUACAAAAGCAAAGCAGCAUUGUCUCUUUUUAAAAGCACAUGUGUUUAUUCAUCUUUAAACACAAAAAAGUAUGUAAGAAAUAAAAUGUCCCACAACUUCUCCAUCAGAUAAUCCUUGUUGACAUUUAAACAAUAUUAUAGAUGCACAUGUCUUAAAAAUUAAAAUUACUAAGAUGUAUUAAAUGGAUGAAAAAUAAACACUCCUGAUAGUCUCUCUCUCCAAAUGUAACUGCUGGUCCAUUGCAUAUGUUCAUUAUCAGCCUGUAUACCUAUAAGCACUUCUACAUCUUGUUUUUGCACUUAACAUCUUGGAGUACUUUUCAUACCAUCCCUCACUGACCUACUUUGCUAUUCUAAUGUCCACUCUACUUGAUGCACAACUGCGGAGACCUUCAGUUUCAUGCUUUCAGCUGCUAGUAGUGCAGUGGCCUAGCCGUGGCGCUACUUUCUCAAGAGAACAAGAGACAUCACUUUCCAGAAGUGAAUUUGUGGCACUUAGCAAACGGGAGGAUCAUGUAGAUCUUAGUGAUGGGUCUUCUGUCUCUCCCAAUAAGAUUUCUAGUGUCUUCAUGUUAUAAAUUCUGUGAACAAGAUUGAUAUAGAUUUUGGCAUCUCCCUAAAAACUAAAAUCUACAUUGAAUUUAGCCCAAAUAACUUUCUCAGAUUUAAUAUCUACAGAUUUAGACCA